AUGGACCUGGGUUCGCCGAUCUCUUUGAGCAGGCGAACCUCUACUCGACCUUCUCGACAGCCGCUUUUGCGACCAGCAACACUGCAUAGAUACCACCAUUUGUCAUACGUCCAAUCUGUGCACCCAACUAGGUCCUAUUCAAUGCACACACUUCCUGACAAAGGCAAAGACUGCAUGCAUGAUCGAGCCUUUGAAGAGGCAGCCUCGUCCAACACGCAUUUCAUGGUUGACAGUCAAGGGUUUUCGUUGAUGCGCCGAAGAUCCCUCCUCACAAAACCUGGAGUUGCCACAAGACGAUCUGUGAAAGGGUCCACCGUCAGAAGACUUCCACCAUCGAUCGAUCAGGGAUAUGAGCAUUCUUUCAGUCAUGUGGACUAUCCACUUAGAGAUCAGGAUGUCGUCUGUACACAAUCGUCUACCCAGGUCCGCCCCCCUACUCCGAGUGAUUCAGAGUACACACAUUUGGGCAACCUCAAGCUCGGGUCACUGCGAGUGGUGAAUGGCUCGGCUUCACCGAGUCCAAGUGAGCGAUCUCGAUUGGAUGAGGCACGAGGCUCAUUUGCUGAACCCGACGAGAAUGCUGGACAGUCAGGAGCAUCAUGGCGUGACCGAGAUAUGGGUCAAAACAUCGCAGAUGCGAGCCCUACCUCGGAAUGGUCAGAAAAUGCCACCUCGCGCUCUGUCCGUCGAUUAGUGGAAGAGUGUCUACAAGAUGCAUCAGAAGGGCAACCCGUCAAGCAGCCGCUUUCAUCAUUGUUGAGAAUCCCAUCGCUGUCGGACUCGAAGAAAUUUGAUGACUUUCCCGCCAGUCCUUUCUCAUUUGAGAAGUCGCCAAUAAAUAUAUAUCCUCAAGGUCAAGACCCGUAUCUGUCCUCUAAGGAAAUAGACGAUGAGGGCAUAUCAGUCGCGGACGAUGGGGAAAUUUUUGACCACCGAGCGAUGCCAACUGCCACAGAGAAACCCGGCACAAUGAAGUCAGGGAGACUCCACAGGAAAGCAGAUAGCGGCUACAGUUCUGCCAACUCGGUUCGGUCUCUGCAGGAUGGUUGUUCUCGGGCUUCUAUUGAUUCCCAAGCAUCAAGAAGACAUUCUCUAGACUAUCACCCUUUCGCUCUUGGGGACACCGCGAGGACUUUCCAACCUCGGGAGGAAUCGAGCAAUCAGCUUGUAAUGCGCCGCCAUGUGAGCCUUCAGGGCCACAGGGCGAGUUUGAUGGCUGAAGCGAGUACGAGUACAAUGUGCCAUGAACCUCAAGAAACAUCAUCCUAUCGCCGCAGCAGAAGCUCGUCGUACUCUGUUCCACAGAAUCCGAGUUGCACGUACUCUCAAAAUCAUUACUGUGCGCAGUUUCGCAACAUUGAGCCGAUUGUCAACCGCACACCUCACUCAUUGAUACGUCGAGCGGAACACUCCGACCUGGAAACGGCAUGGGGUCUCUGA